AAAAUUCCUCGAAUAUCGUCACUAUAUAUGGUACUUGGUAUAUCCUUGGUUCUCACCUCUCCUCAGAAUCAGCCCUAGUAGAGUAUCUUCUGAGAGACAAAAAUGUCUCGACGAGAGGGUAGGGAAUCCGACUCCAAACGCCACCGUUCCAAGUUCGAUCGAGAACCCAGUCCUAAGCGAUCAAGAAGGGAUGGAAAACCAGCCACUGAGAGGCCCUCUAGCAACCUUAAUUCGGAUGUUGGGGACCCUUUAGACAGGGAUCAGAAGCACCGCCAACGGCUACAAGAUGCUUUGCCUCUUGAGGCUCCACCACCACCUGAUUCUAAGGUAGAAACUGGGACUGGGAGAAAAGAAUAUGACAAGAGAGCCAAUGAACCACGUGAACGCAGCAAACAUUCUUCCAAUCCUACUGAAGCACCUCGAAGAAAAGAAUUUGACAAGAGACCCAGUGAACACCGUGAAGGAAGCAAACGUUCUUCCUAUCCUACUGAAGUACCUCAGAGAAAAGAAUUUGACAAGAGAACCAAUGAACAGCAUGAAGGAAGCAAGAAUUCAUCCAAUCCUACUGAAGUACCUCGUUCUCGAUCUUAUUUCCAGCAGCAUGACGAGCGCGGUAUUGCUGGGCAAGGUGGUCGAACCACUGGUCGCGGUGCUGCUACUGAGCGUGGAUGGAAAGACUCAAAGGAUCCACAUAGUGAAAGGGCAGUGGAGAAGCCAUCAACUCGUGAUACAGAGCAAAGAGAUGAGAAAUCCAGAGCUCCAAAGGGUGGUGAGGAACGUGUUUGGCGCCAUGACGGAUUCUUUGAAAUAGAGGGAGAUCAACCACGAACCACAAGGAAAAGACCUUCAUUUAGGGAGAAAAAAGACGCAGUUGUCGCUGAACAUGCUGAAAAAGCACCAGCUGAGCCUGUGAAGCCAAGCAAUCCUGACUUUCCAAUAUUAGGAAGAGACAGAAGGGCAGAGAGAGGAGGCCACAACCAUCAUUCAGAGAAACCAGAAAAAGCAUCUGUAGGGGACAAAGAGGGAAAUGGAGGAGAAGCACAGAGGGGCAGCUUUCCUUUGAGAGAUAGGUAUGGUGGUGGCAACAAUUACGGGGGAAGAGAGAGAUUCAAUGGGAGGCAAGGGUAUCCUCCUCCAAGGGGUGGUGCACGUGUUGAGAAAUGGAAACAUGACCUCUUUGAGGAGGCUAAUGCUGGUCCAACCCAGAAAAACGAAGAGGAUCAGAUCGCAAAGGUUGAAGCACUGUUGGCUUCAUAGAUGUGUUCAGUCGCUUGUUCCUGUUUCUUUUUUCGUCAUUUGUCACUGCUUGUAUUUCUCAGGACUUUAGUCAAUCCAUUUUUUUUGGUGCCCAUGGUUUCAAAACAGUUGUUAAUUUGAGGAAGUGCUGCACUUUUAGGAUAGUAUUCAACUUUUGUCCAUGUAUGUCAAUUGUCAUGGUUGAAGAAUGGAAGCCAGAGGAUGACAAUUAAUCCAAUAGGGUUAUUAGGUUUCUGCUGUUUUGUUACAAGAGACAACGCUGACAGAGUCCGUACUCUCCCAAGUUUGUUUUUUUACACGUAAUGUGAUUUGGUCUUUAAGUAAUAAUCUUUCUGGC